GUGAUAACAACCAAAAAUGAAAAGUUUCAUUUGUGUUUUGCUCUUGGCAGCUGUGGCUCUAGCUGAACCGCCUCGCUAUAGAUUAGCCAGGUAUCGGUUCGAGAAACGCGAGCUUGAAGAAUCGCAGCCGGAAGGAGCUGAAAAUGGUAAAGCUGAGGAAGCACCUUACCCAGCAGCUGGCUACAGACCAUCAAAGGAGUUCAAGUUGCCUUCACGUCAGGAAGUAGCUCCACCAUCUACCUCUUACGGAGUUCCUGAUGACAGUUACGGUGCCCCAUUGAGGACUCAUACUCAACCUGAAGUAGAAUAUGGUGUUCCAAGGAUGGCAAAGAGAGAAGAGGCAGAAGGGGAAGAAAAAGAAGGGAAGGAGGGAGAAAAGAGUGAAAAGAAAGAAGAAGGCGAAGGCAAAGAAAAAAAAGAAGGAGAAGAAAAGAAAGAGGGAGAGGCUGAAGAAUUAAAAGGUGAAGGUGAAAAGAAAAAGAAAGGUGAGAAGAGCGGCAAGUUGGAAGCUGCGCCGGAGAACGACGACGAGAUUGUGAGUACUCAAGGAGCUUACUACGUACUGUUACCAGGCUCUCAACUCCAGAGAGUGCAAUUCAGGACUGAGAAUGAUAUUAAUAGAAUGGCGUACACCGCUCGCCUGCAGUACAAGAAUGAAGAUAAAGCACCAUUAUUUGUCUACUCUGCAGUACCAGAAUAUACAGUUCCAGUAGCUGAAUACGCUUAUGAGUACCCAGCCUCUUCUUCCGCCUAUUUUCAGCUAUACUAAGCAAGUUUAAAGAGUCCUUUCAUAUGUACUGUGCUGUUACAAAUGGAUGCAAUUUAGAUUUAAAAGGAUUAUUCUUUUCACCGAUCCCGUUGUAAGGUACAUCUAGCUCCAAUUCAAAUCGUUUCCAAAGGGGAAUUUCAAACGUUUCACCACCGCGCAUUUCGUUUCCUAUUUGUUUAUUUAUUUGCCCAAGUGAUGAA